AUGGCUAAUAACCGAGUCCCGAUCAACUAUCAAACACCCAGAUUCCCAUCACUAUACGAUCCACUCCCAUCCCACCACAAGGAGGCGUAUUACCUCUACUACACAAAGGAUAUCUGGCGUUUCACGCUUUACUGGACAUUACUCUUCUACGGCGCGACACAUCUCACCGUCGCGGGGUGCGCAGUCCUAACGCAUUGCCGGAAUUGGAGUGUUAUAUGGCUGGUUCCGUUGUUGUAUAGUGUGGUUGCGGGGUUGGAGGGAUUGUUAGCUGGGAGUAUUGUUGGGCUUGUACUUGGUGCUGUGUAUGAAUCGGGCAAUUUCAGGAUGUCGACUUUCCUGCCUAUGAUCUGGGGCGGUGUCAAUGUGAUGGUGCUCAUUGUGACGAGCUAUCCUAUGCGAGGUGGUCUUUGA